CGCCAACAACAACUUCAACUCCUUUCCGCCACUCAGAUCAUGCAAAUUGAAUAUUCCCUUUCAUUCAAGCUUGAACUUUAGAAAAAGCUACUCUUAUCUACCUACGCUACUUCUAUCAGCUCACCUGAGGAACUACCGAGAUAGGCAACAACAUACAAACAAACCGAAUUGACUUUGGAGAACAAUCAUUUUGCCUACCGCCAAAAAAAAGAAUCAAUCGCCGUUUUGGCGGACUUGAGUUUGAAUUUUCUUCUCUCAUUUUACCAAAUCUAAUUAAAAACCACGAUUGUCCGUCGAAAUGGCCGAUUCGGCCUCCAAACCGACCCUCUCCUAUUCCUCCGACCCAACGCUCUAUCUCUACACCUCUCUCACCGCUGGAUCAUCGCACAUCAUCUCCGCGACAUCGCGGCUCGAAACGAUUCUCAAAGCCAAUCGUGUUCCCUUCCGGGCAAUCGAUGUAGCCACAGAUGAAAAGGCACGGAUGCUCUGGGGUCGAAGGGCGGGCAAGCGCAAAUUGCCCGGUCUAGUGAAGGAGGGAAUGGUGGUUGGGGACCUUGAGCAAAUCGAAGAAUGGAACGAAUACGGCGAGCUCAAAGAGAACCUUGGACCUCUUCCACCCGUUUCCACCCCUUCAGCAUCAGGCACUCCCGCUCAAUCCGCUACUCCUAAACCAUUCGCAUCUCAAACGCAAACAGCACCCGCACCCGCACCUAAACCUGCCGCAUCAUCACAACCUCAGCCUCAGAUAUCCCAGCAGUCGCAAAUGACGCUAACCAUGCGUCAGGCGGGCGAAGAAGCGGCCAAAAAGGCGUCCGAAGCCAAGGCUGCAUCAAUCAAGAAACCUACUCCGGGCGUAACAGCGGACAAGAUCCGCCCUCUCGACUCUUCCACUGCUGCCACUGCCCCUCCUACGGGCGCAAGCACGGACCUUCCACCCGACGUUCUAGACACUCCUCUUGCCGCAGAAACCAUUUCCUCCAGCGCCACCACCAAAUCCGAGUCUAUCGAAGCCGCAAUCAAAGCAGCCGCCGCCGCCGCAGCAGCAGCACCUUCUUCUGCCGGUGCCAGUGGGGGCGGUCUUAGCGGCAUGACUCCACCCGGUCCAACACCCACGCUCGCGCCCUCUGCGGACCCAUCAUCUUCUUCCUCUCCUCCUCCGGCACCACAGCCCGGCGCCGUGCCCGUGCCUCAUCCUCGCUCCUCCUCCUCUUCCGGCUCCCUCCCCCGCCGCUCGUCAUGGACAAAUGUCCCGCCUCCAUCGUCACCGCCCAUGGAAGGCCACCCGCGCACGCACCGCGGCUCGAGUCUAUCCGUUGCCUCGAUGGAAGAAAUCCAACAGGCCGAACGCGCAUGGAUGAUCCCCGAAGACCCCAACGAGUCUGCCAUCACCGUCGUUGAAGACGAAGGAGGCGCAAAGGCAAAGCACGUCGAACACUCGCCUUCAGUGUCCAAUGAAGCCGGUGCUGGUGCUGGACCUGGUCCCAGUGCAUCAUCGUCAUCAGCUGGGGGUGAAAGGGUCCGCGUCAAGGAAAGCGGCGGGGAAUCUGCCGUGUAGGUCUGCCGUGUAAGGUCUGCCGUAGAAAUUAUGCCGGAAGUCGAGAACUCACGGUUCGGAUGACGGAGGUGAAAGUCGAAGUUGAACUUGGUAGAUUCAAAGGGAAAAAAAUGAGACAGAAGUGCUGAGUCGCUGACCAGGAAUCUUGAGGAGCGUAUCUUUCUUUUUCUUACUUUCUUUAUUUCAUACUAUCUCCUAUCGAAUUUUCUUUUCCUCUUAUCAAUAUUUUUUUAUUACUUCUGCUCUGGGUUUGCUUUUUUUUUAAAUUGGGCUGUACCUGCCUACCUACAUAUAUGUGUGUGCACUUAAUAUUAUCACGUUCCCGAAUACAUGUGUUUCGCGCGCUGCUGCUAUAAAUUGGAUUUUUAUCCCGGCGAGAAAAAUUGCUGUGAGACUCGAUUGUUUCUCUUUUCUAUUUGCUCUCUUUUCAU